GGCGCUGCUGCGCGCUGCAUUAUGGGACAUAGCGUACAGAAAGGGAUUUGCCAAAAAGGAGCUAAAAACCUUGAAGAAACGAAACGGCUUAUAAAGUUUUUACUACUGGCUAGGGUAGUAUUAGUGGUUUGAAAUACUAAUAUAAAUGUCGUAGCUAGCUUCGUCUGGUUCCCGAAUGCCUCUGAAAUACAAGGAAUGAGAGGCAACAAGCUAAAGCGGCAGGGAUAACACAGCCCCGAUCCGCUGUCGUUCGGUGCUUUGUGCGUGCCUGUCUGCACGCCUGCCCGGUUGGAGUGUGUUUACAUCGGCUGAGUCGGACUCCUCCACCCGAGGCCCAUCCGGAAUUUUCCGCAGGCCAGACCACAAUCCUUGAUUGACGCUUAUAAGGUCCCACCCCCUCCACCUCGCCCCCCUCCCCAGCCCAGACCAUGGGGGUGAAGACGUUCACCCACAGCUCUCCCUCCCACAGCCAGGAGAUGCUGGAGAAGCUCAAUGCCCUGCGUAGCCAGGGUCACCUGUGCGACGUGACCAUCCGCGUCCAGGACCAGCUGUUCCUGGCUCACCGAGUGGUGCUGGCCUGCUGCAGUGACUUUUUCCGCGCUGCGUUGCUGGGUCGCGGUCCCGACGAGCCCGACCCGGCCGUGCUGGAGCUGCACCACGUCACCGUCAGUGGCUUCACCCCCCUGCUGGAGUACGCCUACACCUCCACCCUCUCCAUCAGCACGGAGAACAUCAUAGACGUGCUGGCCGCUGCCAGCUACAUGCAGAUGUUCUCCGUGGCCAGCACCUGCUCCGACUUCAUGAAGUCCAGCAUCCUGUGGAGCCCCGGGGGCCUGGGGGGGCCCGGGGGCCUGGGGGGGCCCGGGGGGGGCCUGGUUGGGGACAAGCCCCAAGACCCCGCCCCCGAGGGAGCCUCCUCAGGGCUGACGCCGCUGGACGGGAGCCUGUCGCCCGUGUCGUCCGACUGCAGCAUCAUGGAGCGGAACAUCCCCGUGUGCCGCGAGUCGCGCCGCAAGCGCAAGAGCUUUGUCAUGAUGUCACCGGAGAGCCCUCUGAAAUGCCCCUCGCAGAUGAUCUCCUCCUCCCCCCAGGUGGCCAACCCCUCCCCCUCCUUCUCCGAGGCAUCCGGCCAGCCCGUGGACUCCUCGCUGGCCUUCCCCUGGACCUUCCCCUUUGGCCUGGACCGUCGCUUCCACCCCGACAAGCCCAAGCAGCCUGAGAGCCCCCGCGGCCUGGAUCAGAUGGGUGCGGCCGGGACGGUGGGGCCCGAGGUGGGUCGCAGGCUCAGCGAAUUCCUGUCGUGUGAAAGCGGGAAGGCGUCGUCGUCCCUGGCGACGGAGGAGGAGGAGGACGUCAGGGUUAAGGUGGAGCGCCUCAGCGAUGAGGAAGUGCAGGAGACGUGCUCACAGCCAAUCAGCGCCUCCCAGAGCUCUCUGAGCGACCAGCAGACUGUGCCGGGAAGCGAGCAGGUGCAAGAGGACCUCCUGAUCAGCCCCCAGUCCUCCUCUAUAGGGUCUAUGGAUGAGGGCGUUUCAGAAGGCCUACCCUCAAUGCAGACCACAGCCAAUCCUGGAACCCAUGCCGAUGACGAAGACAGGUUGGAGAGCCUGCAGUACCCCUACCACCUGUACAUCAGCCCGUCAGCCAGGCCGGGGGCCAACGGCCCGGAGAGACCCUUCCAGUGCCCCACCUGCGGGGUCCGCUUCACACGCAUCCAGAACCUCAAGCAGCACAUGCUCAUACACUCCGGCAUUAAGCCCUUCCAGUGUGAUCGCUGUGGGAAAAAGUUCACACGGGCCUACUCCCUAAAGAUGCACCGGCUCAAGCACGAAGGUAAACGCUGUUUCCGGUGCCAGAUAUGUAGUGCCACCUUCACCUCCUUCGGUGAAUAUAAGCACCACAUGAGGGUCUCCCGACACAUAAUCCGCAAGCCGCGGAUUUACGAGUGCAAAACAUGUGCCGCCAUGUUCACCAACUCUGGCAAUUUAAUUGUUCACCUGAGGAGUCUGAACCAUGAGGCGUCCGAACUAGCAAACUACUUCCAGAGCAGUGAUUUCCUCGUGCCCGACUACCUGAGCCAGGUGCAGGAGGAGGGGUCUCUGGGUCAGUAUGAGGAGCUGGGGGAGGAGCCUGGUUUCACUGGCCCCUCCUCCUCCUCAGUCCAGAUGCCUGUCAUCUCCCAGGUCUCCUCCUCCACCUCUGGCUGCGAGGGUGGCCUCCUGUCCCCGGACCUUCCAGACCCCCUGGACCCCCCGGAUCCCCUGGAUCACCUGGAGGCCCCGGCCCUCAAGCAGGAGCAGGAGGCUGGGGUGUGCGAGGGGCUGAAGUCCCACCCCUGCUCCUCCAGCCCCAGCACGUCCCCGGACGGCUCCCAGGUGGAGGAUGUGUCCCACAUAAAGGAGCUGGAUGCCAUCACCAUAGAGUGACCACCUCCCGGUCCCCCCUAAGCCACACCCUAUCAUGCCACGCUUGCUCUCAGCCAAUCAAAGUCCUUGCCCCGCCUUUGGAAAGUGCCUGAGACUACGCCCCUUCCACAACAAGCACCACAACUAUUACAAGUCUCGACUCUGAAACAAAACAAGUCUUUUUUUAAACACAUUUUUUUUACGCUCUUUUAUGUGUUUAUGUAUUUUUUUCUUCAGUACUUUUGCUUUCUGCAAGCCGUCAAUGUUACUGGAUAUUGUUAAUUGCAAGAGCUGGUUGUUUUAAUAUCUGAAUGCUGUGUUGGAUGUAGUAGUGCUUUCCAGUAUGUCGGAAUUGUGUUUGUGUGUUUUCCUUUCUCCAUAUCAACACAGGAAAAAAAAAAAAAUAUAUAUAUAUAUAUAAGGAAAAAAAAGGUUUUUCAUCACUACGUCAUCUACAUGGCAGACUCUCAUGGGAGAUAUCAGAAAGAGACACAGCAGAACCUGGGAGAUGUUCUGAGAUGUUCUGCUCCUCCAGAUGGUUCAGUGUGAUGGAUUGGAAGACAGUUUUGUACAACAGAUAAAUAAUAUACAUGUAUUUUUUGUUUUGUUUUCUAACUUUGUGAGAUGAAUUGUUGGUUUGUCUUGUAGAUCUAGUUUAUGGGUCCCUGUCCCUCUUUCCUUGUCUGGUCCUGGUCCUGGUCUGGUCCUGGUCUGGUCCUGGUCUCUUAUUGGGGCUGUUGUUGUUUUGUAAAGGACAGUUUUAAAUGUUUUGACCAUAUCCAGCCCUUUCAAGUCCUGCCUGGUCACGUCCUAUCCUCCCAGGAAGGUAAAUCAGUUUUAUAUUUGCACAUAGUUGUGCCCGAACAAGUCUCAUGAAAGCCUGAAAGCACAUGGGUUGACUCUACUGAUAUUUAUUGCGUGGAAAGACAUAACUAAUCCAGUCCUUGAGUUUGACUGGUCUACAACGCAGGGGACAAGGUUGUCCUACAAUCACAGGAUGUUAACACCUGACAAACAAACUGGUACUAACAAUGAAUCUAAAUCGUAGUGCCAUCUUCCUCGUUCCUGGGAGACUCCACCUCCUAUUGGACCAAACCUGUUUUUGGGGGUGGGGCUGUAGCUACAACAGUGAAAGAGCAUUUAUAUGUAAUACAAGCAACACUGUAUGGUGCAUCAAAGCAACUGGCCUUACUCUACACAGAUGUGGAGAAUUAAGAUGCACACUUAACAAGUUUAAGACAUUUUCAGUUCUCAUGUUUUCCUGCUUCUGCCCGCUUCGUGUGUGCUUCUGUGUUCUUAUCUGUGUGUGUGUAUUGUGUGUGCGCGCGCUUGUGCAUUGCAUACUUAUGUACGUGUAUUUCUUCAUAGAAUAUUUUAUAAAGAAAUGCUGCUGUUUGUAGAAACAUAAAGUGCCCAGAGUGUGGUGAACCUGCCUGUUGUGUGCAAUAAGAAGAUAAGGUUGGAGAGGAUAUCCUGUCAGAGUAAUAAGAGGUAGAAUGUACUGUUUUGUUUCACUGUGUUCAAAAUGUGACUGAAAACUAAGAAAAGUGAUUCCUGAAAUCAAGGUUCUGUGAAGUUUAUGAAAGCAGUUUAUUUCAUACAAAUGUCAAUUUUGGCAUUUAUUUUCGUUUAGUGAAGUGCAUGUUAAUUUGGUAUUUCUGUGCCUCUGAGAGCAUGUGCUGCUUGCCGUAAUAAGUUGGCUGUACAGCGAGGCCUGGGUGAGGUCACAGGGUCAGCGAGGCCUGGGUGAGGUCACAGGGUCAGCGAGGCCUGGGUGAGGUCACAGGGUCAGCGAGGCCUGGGUGAGGUCACAGGGUCAGCGAGGCCUGGGUGAGGUCACAGGGUCAGCGAGGCCUGGGUGAGGUCACAGGGUCAGCGAGGCCUGGGUGAGGUCACACAGUAAUUUGCUGCCUCCUGCUCUGGUGAAAUAUAGACUCAGUGAUGUCAUACCUGGGUAAGAAGGCUCCACCCACCAAGAAUGAGAUUCUCCCCUGCUGCUGGGAUUGGCCAGUGUAUCAGGUUGCCAGAGGCAACAUUACACCUGCCGGUGCUGACAGGAAGUUGGGUGUCUUAUUAAGUAUCUGCCUCUGGCCUGUAUUUGGACAGGGCUGAGUCUUACCUUUACAGGUUCUCUAUAGUUAAGCAUGUCUUCUGUUUUCCUUCAAGACGUAGCUUCUCUUGUGCAAUGUGUGAAAAUCUCUUAUACAGUAUAUGCCUUUCAGUGUAAACAUGUUAUAGACACAGUACAGUACCUUUUCUGGUCCAAAAUGUUGGUUUAAAUAUGACGGUAGCUCUUAUAACUAUAUAUAUAUUAUAUUUUUGUGACUUUUUUGUAUGACGGUUGCUGUUUUAUGGGUAUGCCAUCUUUGGAUAAUCUUGUUCAAUGUGAAUCCAGAAGUGUGACUUCCGGGGCUGGUGUCGGCCUCGAUGUGAGCAGAAGCACACCUGUGCAUUGUAUAUUCUUAAUACUGUAAGGUGCAUUAAGACCAACCCUGCUUUGGAUCAGUUAGAAAGCUGUUGUAUAUUGUGUCUAUUUAAUCUGUGGUUUAACCCGGUGGUUGGGGUCAGUACUAUGAUCUGUCCUUGCCAGUGUGUCCUGAGCAGGUGUUCCUGAUGACGUUAUGACUCUGGUGUUUACUUAGACUGUGGUGAGUGUAACUAGACGGCUCGAGAGAAUCUUUGAGGUUGACUAUUGGAAAACAGACGGAACCACUUUGUACUCUCACGGUAUUGGUUGUUCCUGUUCCAGAGGAGUUCCUCUGUUUGCAGCUCUGUAUUUUAAAGUGCAACAUGUAAAUAAAGAGUUAAGUUGUC